AUGGCUUCCAGUUUCCCCUUGGCCACGGCGGUGACUGCGACGCUGGCAAUCCUGCUGGUUGCUAGGGCUGUUUUCCAGAUUGUCCAACGACGGCUCUUCCACCCGCUGCGCUCAGUCCCUGGGCCCUGGGUCAACAGCGUCUCAGAACUGCCCGCGGCCUUGGCAUUGGUGACGGGGAACCAGCACCUCUACUACCAGUCGUUGCACGAGAAAUAUGGACCGGUCGUGCGCGUGUCGCCAAACGAACUCAGCUUCAUCAGCGUCGAAGCGCGGGAAGAGAUCUACGGUCUGCGAAAAGGCGGUCUCAACAUGGAAAAGAGCCCGAUAUUCCUCGGGGCCGUCGGAAAGGUGGACGGCCAGACCGGCGUCAGUCUCGCCCUGAACAGGGACCACGCACGCCAGCGCAGAGCGCUUGGGAAUUUGUUUACCAACAGCUCGCUGCUACGCCUGGAAUCUCUCCUUCAAGCGCAAGUCCACAAGUUUGUUGCCAUACUUGAGACAAUGGCAGCAGGGAAUCGGUCAUUGAAUGUCUCGGAUUGGUACACGUAUCUUGCCUUUGACAUGAUGGGCGAUCUGUGUUUUGCAGAGCCAUUCGGAUGCUUAGACCAAGCGUCCAACACGCAGUGGUCUACCUCCGUAAUCAACGUAUUCGUCGCGGCAACCUGGACGCAGGGCAUACGCCGAAUUUCCGGCGUCGGCACAUGGCUCGAGUCGCUGAUGACUAGGCUCCUCGUUCCCGCCAAAGCGGCCGCCUGGAGGACCAUCCACCUGGAGAACUCGCGCGAAAAGACGGUCCGGCGCCUCGCGGACUCGGACCGCGACCAUCCCGAUUUCAUCUCGCAGAUCCUCAACAGCGAAUCGGCCAAGUCCCUCUCCCGGACGGAAAUCAUCCUGAACAUGGCGCUGUUCAUCAGCGCCGGAACCGAUACUACGGCCACCGCCCUGACCGGCUGGACCUACUUUGUGUGCACGCACCCCGACGUGUACGGCCGUCUGGUGGGCGAGAUCCGCGGCGCCGUGACAGCAGCCGACGACAUCCGGUGGGAGAAAGUGAGGGAGCUGCGGUACCUCGAAGCCACCCUGAACGAGGCGCUGCGUUUGUUCCCGCCGUCGCCCGCGAGCCAGCAGCGCAUCGUCCCUCCCGGCGGCGCCACCAUUGACGGCUACUACGUGCCCGAGGGCACGACGGUUGGCGUCUCGCCGUGGGCCGCCACCCGUUCGCGGCUGAACUUCCACGAGCCAGACGAGUUCAGGCCGGAGCGCUGGCUAGUAGGGACGGAAGCGUGUGAGGGCCCUGGCGAGCCCGGUCACAGCUCCUUCGGCGGCGACCGCCUCAACGCGUCGUUGCCCUUCGGGACGGGCCCGCGGGUGUGCAUCGGCAAGAACCUCGCGUACAUGGAGAUGCGCCUCAUCGCGGCGCAUCUGCUGUGGAACUUCGACAUCGAACUCGACAGAGGUGAACACGAGGAGGAGAACCGGGUGUGGGGCUUGGAUGGCCGUAUGAAGCCUAUGAAGGUGUUUCACUCAAUGACCAAGCCGCCGUUGUGGGUGCGGCUGCAGCCGGCCAAGAGGUGA